AAUAUAUUUAGUACAACUAGCGUCGAUGGAGCGUGACAGCAUGAUAUCACUUCCGGUUAAUACUUUCACAAUAAAACCUAAAGCGUAGAAACGUUUGAGGCACAUCAUGUUGCAUGAUACUUUUUGUAGUUGAAGCGAAGCGUCGAUACAUCCUGUCACGAUACUUGAUCUUUUUUUAAAGGGUCAAUACUGUGGAGAGAAGUCUGUGUAACAUCACUUCUCUACAUUGGGGGGUGGUCGUGAAAAGGUCCAUCGGCCACGACCACAACUUUACUCAGGAAGACGGUAGCUGAAGUUAACGCUGUUCAGCAGCCAGAAGGAUCCUUUUUGACAACAACGUAACGUAACGUUAGCUACAAGCUAACUGAGCUAAUUAAGCUGUUCGGAGUUUUUCGUUUAGUGUGACGGAAUGGAGAAAGCUAAACAAGAUGCAUUCGACAAUGCCAGACUCCAAGUGAUCAAAGAUGGCUAUGAGAGGGCCUUUGAGUGCAUCAAUAAAGGGCUCUCUGUAGAUGAAGCUGGAGACAAGACACAGGCCCUGGAGCUCUACAAGCGAGGGCGACAGCACCUUCUCAGGGCCAUCACUGUGCCUUCACAGGGAGAAGAGUGUGUCGGCAGCUCCUGGGAAUCAGCCAGACAGAUGCAGCAGAAGAUGCAGGAGACGCUGAACAACAUCACCACUCGCUUGGCCAUGCUGGAGACCAGCUCUGACUUUGGAUCUGCACCUAUACUGAACAUGAGAAGUGUAUCUGGCCCUGGUGCUACAGAUACGCCUGAAGAAGGUCUCUACCCAAAACUUCCCAACAAAAACAAGCCAGAGAGGCCAGAACCACUAAACCUACUUUCUGCUACUAGCCAGGCAGCAGGAGCUGUAGGAGGCGUGCCUGCGUGCAGUAGUAAGGGUCUACCUCUCUCACCGACCAGACAGCCUGUGGGUCCAGUCGAACAGCCUCCAGCUUACUCUCCUCAGGCGGCUGACGGCCACCUAUCUGUCUCAUACGGAACAGAUGCAGGGGAGAUGUCAUUGGUUGGGGAUGAGUUCUACAGUCGCACAUCUAACUCCACACCAUCUCUCCAGAGUAUGGGUGACGAGGGAGAGGAGCUGGUGUAUAUCCCUCAUGGUGUACAGAUAUUCUUUGUCACUCCUGAAGGGCAGGUGAGCGCCCCAUCGUACCCGGGCUACCUGCGGCUGGUGAAGUUUACUAGUGACCACUCUGACAGAAUGCCCAACCGCCCACCAGCAUUUCUACAGGUGUGUGACUGGCUGUACCCUCUCAUGGCCGUGGACUCUCCAGUGUUGCUGUGUAACACUGGUGUGUUUAUGUUUCCGGACUUGAUGGCGUCAGCUCCAGGCUAUUAUGUCGGGGUGGUGUUGUCCUCUGAGCUGCCUGCUGCAAACAGAGAGCAGUUCCAGGACCUGCUGUCCCAGAUGACAGAUCUCAGGGUUCAGGCUCCUGAAGAGGCUGCAGAUAGCAUUAAUCUCUGUCAGAAGGUGUCCAUCACUACACCUCAGGAGACUGCACCAGCAGUGUCCGAGGAGGAGGAGGAGGACGACAAGGCUCUGCCUGAGUGGAGUGAAAAGGUGGCAAGCGGGAUCCUGACGGGUGCGUCAUGGCUAAGCUGGGGCCUUGUGAAAGGAGCUGAGUUCACAGGCAAGGCCAUCCACAAAGGGGCAUCUAAACUCCGAGAACACAUCACCCCAGAGGACACACCCGCCCACGUCAGCCCCACAGUCACCAAAGGCCUCCAUGUUGCCAAGCAAGCGACAGGGGGAGCUGUCAAAGUCAGCCAGUUUCUAGUGGACGGGGUGUGCACGGUCGCUGGCUGUGUGGGACGAGAGUUGGCUCCACACGUGAAAAAACACGGAGGCAAGCUGAUCCCAGAGUCUAUGAAGAAAGACAAGGACGGGCGUUCCAACAUAGAUGGAGCCAUGGUGGUGGCUGCCAGUGGAGUGCAAGGAUUUGCGACCAUGUGGACUGGUUUGGAAGUAGCAGCAAAGGACAUUACUACGAGUGUAGCAUCAGAGACGGUCACCACCGUAAAACACAAAUAUAGGGGUCUACAAAACAUCUUUGACCCACCUAACGACAAUAAGUGUACGGGGCAGCAGCAGGACAAGCCACCGACCACGCUGUCAAUUCUGCCAUUAAUGUUGGUCUCACUGCUUUCAAUGUUGACAACUUGGGGAUCAAAGCUAUGGUGAAAAAGACUGGCAAGCAGACGGCGCACGCCAUUUUGGAAGACUACAAGCUUAUGGAAAAACCAGAGAAUGGGAAGCAAGUGGAGAAAUCGGGCAAAUAGCUGGUUGUGCCCUGCCUCAUUCCCCUCAGCAAUGCCUUAAAGCAUCAUUUGUAUUCUAUGAAAUAAAUCUAUAUUUAAUUUUCAUUAUUUAUAAAACAUGUUCUAUAUUUAAAAUGCAACUACUGUUAUAUGCAUAUCCUAUAGUUUGAUACAGCUCUGAAGCACUUUAAUCUUUGUUAAAUAAGGUAGAUGGACCUAAAUGAAGAGAAACAUAUAAUCUAACCAAAAUGAAUACACGAUAAUGCAGUACAUUGAUCCACACUAACAGUCUGGUGUUAUCACUUCACUUGGGAGAUACCAGUUUAGCUCUACUCUUUAUACUAAGACAGCUUUGAAUUGUUGUUGACUAGACACUGGAACUUUUCCUAAUCUUUGAGAAGCAUCUGUGUGUUAGGGUAAGUGCAAUUUCUAUACUUUUAAUGAUUAAAACAUAUCUUAUCUGUAUGUCAGUAUCUUCAGAUAUCACUGUUUCAGACCAAAGCUUGUCUAUUAUACUGUUUUCCCUGUGGUGUUUAAAAUGAGAAGUAAUCACUGCCGCUUACUGUGCCUGCACAUAUCAAAUGAUAUACAAAAAUCUAAUAUGUGAAGACCUUCAAUACGGAGCAAGAAUAUCUGCAGUCUCCUGUUAAUUACGGUAACUACGAUGUUAAUGUCUUAACACUUAUUAGAUUUGUGUUCUGCUACGAUGUGCAGUGCGCUCUUCUGCAUUUAAGUGCAGUUACAUACACAUUUUCUAAAUGUUAAUGUUUAUAGUGCUUCAAAUAAAAAUCUAGAUUAUAUUUUGAUGGACAAAACAUUUAACAAAAUGUGAACUUUGAAGUGUGAGACUAAUUGUUUUUUUGUGAUCUGGUUUGUAAUCUUUUUAAAAUUCAACUUUAAGGUCAAUGUUACCGUCGGAUGGCUUUCAAGUAAUCUAGCUGUGCAUUUCUUUCCCAACUGAAAUAAUGAGAACUUUCUGAAGAAAUAUGUUUUUGUAUUUUUGAAGAUUUGGGGAUUCACAGUUAACCAUUUUACGCUUUACGAGCAGGAUAGAGUUGACCAGUUAUAUUUUUUUGAAAUUCAGAAAACGGUAUCAUAAAUCUAGCAGCCUGAUACCUCCAUCUAGUGGAAGUGUGUUUCACAACAUGUUAAUUCCAGUGUCACACCAACGGUUUAACAAAUAAACAGGAAAUUCCAAA